AUGUCGUCGCCACUCCAAGGAUAUUCGUCUCACUUCGGCAUCGACAAUAUUCCUUUCGGCAUAGCGACAACCAAGUCGCAGACCACGCCUACAGCAGUGACACGAAUCAACGACAAUGUGAUCUUCCUGUCGAAGCUCGAAGGAAUGUUCGACGGCAUGCCUGAUCUAGCUACGGAUGUCUUCGGCAAGAGCUCGCUCAAUGCAUUCGCUGCGCUUCCGAGAUCAGUACACCAGGCAGUACGCAAGCAGCUACAAGAUCUCAUACGGAAAAAUGAGACUCUGAAGAGUCUUCCCAUCGGUGCGGUAGAGAACAUCGACACAGUAUUUAUGCAUCUGCCGGUCGAAGUUGGCGACUUCACAGAUUUCUCUCUCAGCUCCGACCAUGUCCAGAAUGCCUCAGAAGCCAUGACCGGACAACGAUCAGUCCCACCGUCAUUUUAUUCUCAACCCGUUGGCUACGCUGGUCGCUGCUCGAGUCUUGAUAUUUCUGGUACGCCUGUUGAGAGGCCGCUUGGCCACUUCUUCGAGGGCAAGCCUGGCAGUAAAGUCGUCUUCGGGCCUUGCAAGCGGAUGGACUACGAGUUGGAAGUGGGGGCGAUAGUAGGGAAGCCUGUGGCCAGGAAGCAAAGAGUGUUGGCCUCCAAAGCAGACGAGCAUGUCUUUGGGUAUGUGCUGGUCAAUGACUGGUCAGCACGAGAUAUCCAAGGCUUCGAGAUGGCACCGCUUGGACCUCUGAACGGCAAGAACGCUAGCACGACUAUCUCACCGUGGGUCAUCACAUCGGAUGCUCUCAGUGCCUAUCGAACAUCUUCACCACCUCGAAAGCAGGAAGUACAGCCUCAUCUAGCAGAUUCUGGCAACGAUGCUCUAGACAUCAAGCUCGAGGUACGAGUCACACCUGCCGGUGCUGCAGAGUCAGAAAGCAAAACCUGGUGCAAGAGUAACGUUUCGUGGAUGUACUGGACCAUCUCACAAUGCAUAGCCCACCAGGUCAUUGGCGGCUGCGGCUUAAGAACGGGAGAUUUGUUGGCGACUGGUACUGUGUCAGGCGGAGGAGAUGACGAGCACGGAUGCAUCAUGGAGUACUAUGCCAGCAAGACACCCGCCCGAGGAUACCUUGAGGAUGGGGAGACAGUGACCUUGACCGGCUACUGUGGUGAAGGCGUAGGUUUUGGCGAGUGCGUGGCUACCCUCACGCCUUCGAGGGAGCUAGAAGUGUAG